CACAAAGAAGAUUUCCCGCCUUUUACUGCAGAAUAGAAAGCUGGAUAUUGUUACAGACAUGCCAUAAAGACGAACGAGGCGUGAGAAAUCGUGACAAACGCCAAACUCAGCAAUGUCCAGUAAAGACUGCAUCCUUGUGUUGAGUGACUCCGACAGUGAUGAUGAUAUUCAGAUUGUGAAAUCAGUGAAAGGAACAGGUGUGUUUCCAAGUCAAAGGCCACAGCCAGUUUUUCCACUGCAGUUAAUUUUGAAUAGUGGCGGUAUAAAGGUAAAAACAGAACCACAGGAUGUAAAAUCAGACCUGACACUGGCACAGCAGUUCCAGGAACGAAGCAUACCUAUUGAAGCAACUCUGAGAGAUUCACAGUUGGUGAAGAAAAAGUCUGACCAAGAGUCAAGGGAGCCAGAACCAGUAAUCCAAAAUCCAAGCCAAACAUCACAAACAAACAAGCUGCCCAGCCAAAAUUUGGCUCCCUUCAACCAAGUGACACAAAUUUCUCAGUCAAACCCAUCUCUGGUUCAACCCUGUCAAACACCUCUUGAAGUUGCGCCUGUUGCCAGUCUGCAGCCAGCAACAUCUUCUAAUUCUCAACAUCGACAGAUUAUUAGACCACAUAAAGGUCCAAGUCAGACAUCUAUCAUACUUGGGUAUCCGCACACAAUUGGUUCACCAUUUGUGCUGGGACAACAGCCAGGACAGCUUCCACAGUUACACCAGCUACCAGUACACGUUCUACAUCCAUGUUCUGUUUCUCAGACAGAACAUGUUGCACAUCAGCCAGGGUCUAUGAGGCAGUCAACAUCUGUGGCACAGCCUAGAUCUAUUCCAGCACAGCUAAGGGCUGCUGCACCACAAAGUCAUGUUCAAGCGCAGGUGGGUGCUGUUCCUCAACGGGCUCCUGUUAUGCAACCAAGACCACUUUCAAUGCAGUCAGCACCUCUUCCAGUACGGCCAGGAGCAGUUCCACAAUCAGCAACUGUUUCACAGCCAGAAGUCGUUUCUCAGCCAGUUGUUUUGCAGUCAUUACUUUCACCACAUGUACAAACCUAUGAACCUCCUGGGCCAAGUCAGCAGUCUAUUGAAAGUCCAGACUCAACCAAUGACAUUUCUGCUACGUUUAACCUUCAACAACGCCAGCAACUGCCAAGGCCUCAACUGACCACCUCUUCAUCUAUUCCUGGAAGGUUGCCAAGGAACCAAACAAACUUUCCACACUUUGAUUCUGAAGCCAUUUCAAAAAGCAUAGGUCACAUUGAACCGCCUGCUAGAUUUCCUUCUGAAAAGCAAACAUUACCAGGAAGGCUUUUACCAACCUCCCCAACCAGUCUUCCUGCACCAUCUUAUCUGCCAACAAUGAAUGCUCAGACUCUCCUACCUGGGUCUAGUUUGAGAUAUCAGAGAACUUCAACAUCAUCAAAUCCAGGCAUGUGUCAAGGACAAAAAAGCAGUAGUGGAAGUCCAUUCCCAAAACCAUUGGAAACUCAUGCAAAGGUUGAUGGACAGGAUUAUACUGAGCCAACGAAGCCAACUGAAGAUAUUGGUCUGCCUUCUGAAGAGCCAAAUGACAGUGCAGCUCGAGGUGUUUUGCAUUUGAAGCAACGAAGCAUUAUCAAUUGGUUCUCAAACAUCACAAAUAUGUCUCCCCAAAAUACUGAGGAAAGUUCUCCGCAACAUCAAGUUCAAGAUGGAAGUACGACUACACGUUCGGACCAGUGUUUGCGGGAUGCCCAGACGCAAUCAUCUGAUAUCAACUCCUCUGUCAAUGAGGAAGAAAAUUCUGAAGUAUCCAGCAGUCAGGUCGGCAGCUUUAACAGGAGGAAAAGUUUAAAAAGACGUUGUCCUUCAGAAGUUUGUUCUGAGGAUGAAAGUGAUGAAGACUACAAACCUGAUAGUGAAGGUUCAGUUACCUCUGAAGAAGAGUAUGAAUAUCCUGAUUGGGAUUCUGAGGGUGAAAUUUCGCCAAGCAAACGGAAAGAACCUGGGCCUAUAUCCUCAUCACCAAGUAAAAAAAUGCACCUUUUCCGAAAUGGAUCUUUCUGUUGCCGAAAUUGCGAAUUUAAAAGCAAUGUCUUGAAGCAUCUCAUUGAUCAUUCCAAAAAUGAUUGUCGAACAUUAGAGGAGCGAAAUUCUACCAAUUCAGAGAGAGGCUCCAAAGUCAUUCAGAUGAAACCCCAAACCAAUGAAUCAUCCAGUAAUAUUACUACCAAAACUAACAGCAUAAGCUACUCUGAAGUGAGUAAUGUAGGCCGUUCCAAACUCCUGACAGAAGCAACCCAUACCCCUGAAGAAGCAAACACAGUUUCCCAAAGGGACAAAACCAAUAUAAUUAGAAACAGACAUGCUGAUUGUUUGGAUGGUGAGGGUGGACCUAAAGCCAAAAAACAGUGUUUGACCCAGCCUUCUACACAUGACGUGUCCAAAAGUCAUGAUGGUCAAAUGAAACCUGGUGUUGAAAAGGAAAUGGCACCUGGUGUCGAAACAAAGAUGUCUUGUUCUCUCUGUAACAGACUUUUCUUAGAAGAGAAUGUGUAUCUCAAGCAUAAGGAGAUAUGUGGAGAUUCUGUGGGUGAGUCUUACUCCAAUGGCACUCCAAAAAGUACUGCACCAAAGCAGAGGUUUACUAAAGUUAAAAAUACACAGGGAAUCAAGAGCGAUACUGUCAAGAAGACAGAAAACUGUAGAGAACCCCAACUUCUUGCUGGUCAGAACUGCUCUGAAGUUUCCUCGUGGGCUAAGUGUGUUUAUUGCUCGAGAGCCAUGGAAAACCAUGAAGCCAUGCGAGAACAUGUACAAGAUCACACCAGAUCGGGCGUUAUACGUAACAACUGUCCCGUCUGUAAGAAGAUAUUUUCAAGCAUUGCUCUGUUACAAAUUCAUAUGCAUCGCAAGCAUAAGGAAAAUUCUGACACGGAAAGAAACAAUAGUUUUUGUUGUCCGGUGUGUGCUCGGCAACUAAAGACCAAAUCAGCACUGCGGAAUCAUCUGAAACUUCACACAGGAGACUCCAAGUAUAAACCCUUUGUAUGCUUCUUGUGUGGAUGGUGUUUCUCGUCAACCUUGUUUAUGCGAGAUCAUUUGAGAUAUAAGCAUAAAAUCAUCGUAGAUUCAGCCACGAAGGACUAUAAUGGACCAACAGGUGUGCUGGAAACGGAGAGUAAUGAUUGUGCGGGCCCUUCAAAGCUGGAUGAGAAAAAAGAGGACAAGAAUAACGAAAACAGGUCUGAGAAUCCCGAAAAGCGAAAAACUGAAGAGAGUGAUCGAGAUAGUUCGAUGCCUGAUACACUUGAGGGGUUUAAAUGUUCUUUCUGUCCACGUGUGCUCACGAACAACGGAAAUUUGCAUAGGCAUAUGAGAUUGCAUGCAGAUGGUCAUAGUAAACAAGCUGAAUGUCCUCUGUGUAAAUCAGUUUACUCAUCUAGCUACGCCUUAAAGAGGCAUCUUAGAGAAAAACACGAAAACUUUGCGCACAAACCUUUAAAAAAAAAGCAAGGGGCUAAAUGUCAACAGAGUUUUGAACCUGGUAAGAAGCUCAAGUGUUACGCCUGCCCGCGAGUGUUCGCGUUUCAGUCAUCUUUCUCAAACCACGUAAAAAUUCACGAAAGGCCUAAUCAAUCCCGGUGUCCUGUUUGUGAAAAGACCUUAAAGAACGAUCUAGCGUUACUAGUACAUCUCGGAAAAAAACAUAAUAUGUCAAAGGGCUCUGGGAAGCUGCUAGGUUACCCUUCCGUUGAAAUGAAACACAAAGGUCAGUUUUGUAUACCUUGUGAUUUUAGGACUGAGGACUCUGAAAAGUAUGAAAGCCAUCUUCAGUCCAGAACACACAAGGAUACAUGGGUUGGCUUGGAGAAAAAGGGCAAUGUUUAUUAUUGUAAGCCAUGUCCUUAUAAAACCAGAAUUUGGCAAUUUUGGUACAGGCACAUUCGGACGGUCAGACAUAAGAACAGUUUAGAAAAAUGGAAAUUGAACUCAAGGCCUGAUUGUGACUCGAGGCCAGAGGUGACCACGCAAACUGAUGAAAGCCCACCCAGUUAUAAUCUGACAUCGAGUGAAACAAUAAUUCCAGAGAAAGGACACAUGUCUCCAAAGGACAACGAUUGUUUUGACUCACAAAUGCCUGCUGGAAGUGUGAACUCCCCUUUUGGCGAGACAACUGUCAAACUGUCGCCAGUUAUGUCUCCGGUAAAGAUGGACAGUGUAGUUGUAUCUGAUUCUGCGAGUCUUUUCGGAAAGAGAUCUAUUAAACUUGUGUCAGAUUUUGGUGAUUUUGCAAAAAUGCCAUACGCUUGCGCUCUCUGCUUCUUCCGUUGCCGUGAUCUUGAUGUGUUGAAUGAUCAUGUCAAUUGUCAUUUAUCUGGUACUCCUUAUAAGAGAUCCAAAGAACCCGGUUUGGCAAUUUCUGGGUUUAAAGCGCCUUUACCCGUCAACUGCAGUAUGGGCACUCCUGGUUUGAAGACAUCUCCAUCCAGCUCGAUGGCUUUUGCAUCUGGAAUCAAAGUGUCUCCAGGAAGUCGAAAUUCUCUGCAACCAAGGGUGUUACUCGAAAAAAUUCUACCAGGAAGCAGCAGUGCUAAUUCAGAAACCAAAGGUGCUGUACAACAGCGACCUGUGAAUACGGUUUCUGUGCAACAGCAGCCUCUGGAUAUACUUCCGGCGCAACAGCGAUCUUUGUCAACGAACCCUUUGCAACAGCGGACUAUGAAAGCGCGGCCUCUGCAUCGACGGAGUAUGGAAGCGCAGCCUGCGCAACAACGAAUUACGGAAGCGCGACCUGUGCAACAAGGGACUAUGGAAACCCAACCUCUGCGGCAACGGACUAUGGACACGCGCCUUCUACAACAACUAUCAGUGGAAGAGCAACCUCUGCAACAACGAUCUGUGGAAGCGCAACCUCAGCAACAACACCAUAUAGAAAAGAAGCCUCCCGGUUUCACAUACAUUCCUGGAAUUCAAAUUUCAAGAAAUGACCCAAUUUAUGGAGAAUAUGCUUCCAGUAUGUAUCCUCCCCGUAGCCAGCCGCCUGGUGCUGCUAGAACACAGACUCAUAUUAAACAACCGGUUCAGAUGCCUUCCUUGCAAUAUCCCGAGCAGCAGGGUGGUAUGCCAGUUGAGCAAUUGGGCACAGCAGAUUUAAUCGACCCAGGGAGAGACUAUGUGAAAGACUUCGGUACCAGGGAGCCUUUCCGGUGUUUGUACUGUGGGUUGAGAACAACAACGCUCAGCAGCCUCGUCAGACAUUUUGAUGUGCAGCAUGCGGAUAUCAUUCAUUCUAAGGCUGUCCAAGCUAGGCUUAGAUCUGAGCAACCGUUUUCUGUGUAACACGAUUAAACACAGUGCAUUUUGCAUUCGUAACUUAUUUUGACGCCGCUUGUGUUAUAAUGUGUACAUGUGUAGAAACGCAUGUUUUUAAUGCUUAUUUUAUUAAGAGGAUGAUGCUUGGUAUGAACCCCGGAACUAAUCCACGAGCACCGCACGAUCCUUUUCACCCCAUAUAUCAUCAUCGUUAUACUGGUGAACGUGUCAUCUUAGUCCUUGUUACCAAAAAUAACAGUAAUUGUGCAAGCUCAUUUCAUGGCUCCUAAUUGUGCUCAAAUUAGAUCUUUUACCAGAAUAGCCCUUUGUAGGUGUUUUAUAUCUGUUGUAUACAUAUGUAUUUUAUUGGAAUUAAUACGUCUCAUCAAAGUUGAAAUGAAUGUAAAUUUAUCGAUGCCUAAUGAUACAUCAGUGUAUAAAGUUGCUGAAAAUGAGUUGCCUGAUAGGUUUUCUGAUUACUACAUUUGUUUUUGAAUAGUUUUAUCCUUUCAGCAUUUCUAUUUUUGUCAUUCGUUGUGAAUUAUAUUUGAUCUGAAAUCGCUAUUAUUAAAUACCGUGAUAAUAGAUAUUUGUUUUUAUUUACUAGGUAAAUAUUUCCUUCAGUGCGUGUGGCUAUAUAAUACAUGUAUAUAUGCAUAUGAAAAUAGUGUAAAUUUACGAGAUCCUUUCGUGUAAAGUUUUCCCAAUUUCUUAUAUCAUUUUGUACUGAUAUAUAGCAGAAUAAUAAUCUACCCUAUCGUAGGUACAUACAAACUGAAGUGAAAGUCGGUGUGUUCAUUUAAUUAUUGAUGGGAAGCUUUUGUCUUAUGUUGUAAACUGUGUGUAACUCUUGGAAUAUCGGUUUACCGUGGUAACGAGCAUCAAAUUUGCAACAAUGUAUUGUUUAUGUAUGCUGUCGGCUGUCGGGAGAAGAUCAAAGCCGCCUAAUCUCUGUGCUAGUCUUCCGUACAGGGCCCAUUGUAAAUGAUAUCUGACAGUCUUGGGUUCAAAUCUGGCACAUUCGUUUCCAUUUUUUAUUUUAUUUUUACUACCGGCAUGCAGUUCAUGCAGGAUGUACAGAGGUGGACUCUGCAUCUAUGUUUCUAUAAUUGUACUGAAUAUUGUGGCUUCGUAUGACCCUGUCAUAAGAAAACGCAGUAUAUGUACACACACCAAAUGACUCGUCGUCAUCAUAUGACUGAAAAAUUAUUUAAAAAACGUAUACGACGUUAAACCCGAAACAUACAUACAUACAUACAACGUUUAUGUUCAACCGUCACACAUUGUCUCAUCUAUUUAACGGUUGCAGACAUCGUUUAUGUUCAACCGUCACACAUUGUCUCCUCUAUUUAACGGUUGCAGGCAUCGUUUAUGUUCAACCGUCACACAUUGUCUCCUCUAUUUAACGGUUGCAGGCAUCGUUUAUGUUCAACCGUCACACAUUGUUUCCUCUAUUUAACGGUUGCAGACAAUGUUAGAACAUAACACGCCAUCAUAUCAGGAAGCAAUCGUCCUACAACUAAAUAUUAUGAAGCAUAUCGUUAAAUCCUCAAGCAUUCAUUCACUCUAGAAAUCAUGGACAUUGUCUCAUUGCAAGUCGUGUUUAUAGACGCCUUUCCAUUGCAUUAUGUUCACAGGAUCAAGCUGGGGACAAGCUCGUCAAAACAAGUGUAGGCCUAGUCGUUGUACUCCUUGUUCUUCUCUGUAAUAGGACAUUGUGGAUAGUUGUGCUCUUGAAGCAAAGACUGAGGUAGUUGAGUAGCACUGCACUGCAUGACAACAGUUACAUACUGGCAAUAUUGUUGCCCACGAGGGCUUCAUAUGGCGU